UGCCCAUCAAUCGGGGAGUGAAUUGGGAUUGCCGCGGGAGGCGGCGGCGGUUCUGGUGGUUGGUCGUUUUUCCGCCGCUGUCCGCAGCAGCUCCGGCUCCUCCAUGGCCGCUGCGGUCCCUGGCGCGGUUCUCCCUGCCGUUCCGGUAGUGGGGGAGGCGGUGGCCGUGGAGGUCAGGCCCGGAGGUUUAGGACCCCCGCCUCCUUGAGGAGAAGGAUCCGAAAUGGCAACGCCGGCCGCGCAGGUGAUUCCUUAACUUUCCUGAUCACUGUCUCCAAAUACUUUCUAAAUGAACAUUCCUGUUACUCUCAAAUUGCUGGAGAUGGCAAGUCCAGCCAUCAGCCCUGACUCUUCUUCCCAUGAAGCACUUUCUUCUGUCAACUCUAUGCCUGCAUGUUCCCCUACUUCCGAUUCUGAGAACCUGAGCCCAGAUGAGCUGGAGCUUCUAGCCAAGUUGGAAGAACAAAACAGGCUUUUGGAAGCUGAUUCAAAGUCAUUACGCUCUAUGAAUGGCUCACGAAGGAAUAGUGGGUCAUCUUUGGUAUCCAGUUCUUCUGCAUCAUCCAAUCUGAGCCAUCUUGAAGAAGAUACCUGGAUCUUGUGGGGAAGGAUUGUCAAUGAAUGGGAAGAAUGGCGGAAAAGGAAAGAGAAGUUACUCAAGGAACUCAUAAGGAAAGGAAUCCCUCACCAUUUCCGAGCAAUUGUUUGGCAGCUUUUGUGCAGUGCCACAGACAUGCCUGUGAAGAAUCAAUAUUCAGAGUUGUUGAAAAUGUCUUCUCCUUGUGAAAAGUUAAUCAGAAGAGACAUUGCCAGGACAUACCCCGAACAUGAGUUCUUCAAGGGGCAAGAUAGUCUGGGCCAGGAGGUUCUCUUCAAUGUUAUGAAGGCUUAUUCUCUAGUAGACCGUGAGGUUGGGUACUGCCAAGGUAGUGCAUUCAUCGUGGGACUGCUACUCAUGCAGAUGCCGGAAGAGGAGGCCUUCUGUGUAUUUGUACGACUGAUGCAAGAGUAUAGACUACGGGAAUUAUUCAAACCCACUAUGGCUGAGUUAGGACUUUGUAUCUAUCAGUUUGAAUACAUGCUGCAGGAACAACUACCUGAGCUGAAUAUCCACUUCCGGUCCCAAAGCUUUCUCACCUCUAUGUAUGCAUCAUCUUGGUUUCUUACACUUUUCCUCACUACUUUUCCUCUGCCUGUGGCCACACGAGUAUUUGACAUCUUCAUGUAUGAGGGAUUGGAAAUAAUCUUCCGUGUAGGAAUGGCUCUUCUCCAAUUCAACCAAGCUGAACUGAUGCAAUUGGACAUGGAAGGGAUGUCACAGUAUUUUCAGAAGGUGAUUCCUCAUCAGUUUGACAGCUGUCCUGAUAAGCUGAUCUCAAAGGGCUAUCAAGUCAAAUACAACCCUAAGAAAAUGAAACGACUGGAGAAAGAGUAUACUGCAAUCAAAAACCGGGAAAUGGAAGAACAGAUUGAAAUCAAGAGGCUCCGUACUGAGAACCGCCUUCUGAAACAGCGAAUUGAAACCCUGGAGAAGGAGAGUGCUGCCUUGGCAGAUAGAUUGAUCCAGGGCCAAGUUACCCGUGCACAGGAGGCUGAAGAAAAUUACAUUAUCAAGCGGGAGCUGGCAGUUGUGAAGCAACAAUGCUGCUCUGCCACAGAGAAUUUGCAGAAGGCGCGAAGCACCAUUCAGCAACUUCAGGACCAACAAGGAAAUCCCCGCUACUCUGAGGAAUUUGUGAGCCACCUAGAAACAGAACUGGAGCAAUCCCGCUUGAGGGAAUCUGAGACUCUGGGUGCUCUUAAAGAGAUGCAGGAUAAAGUUCUGGACAUGGAAAAGAAAAACAGUUUGCUUCCAGAUGAAAACAAUGUAGCCCGUCUACAGGAAGAACUGAAGGCUAUGAAGUUGCGGGAGUCUGAGGCAAUGAAAUCCUUCAGAGAGCUGCAACAGCAAGUGAAGGAGCUCAAUGACAAUUGGCAGGCCCAUCUGAGCAGGACCGGAGGGCGGUGGAAGGACUCUCCACGAAAGAACACAAUAAAUGAUCUCCAAGAUGAACUGAUGAAUCUCCGUCUGCGUGAGACACAGGCUCAGGGUGAGGUCCGGGAGUUGCGUCAAAGAGUGGUAGAGCUUGAAACCCAGGAUCAGAUUCACAGCAACCUCCUCAAUCGGAUGGAACAGGAGUGUUCUGGGCUGCAUGAAAAGGUGCAGUAUCUCACCGCCCAAAACAAAGGGUUGCAGACUCAGUUGAGUGAGACCAAGCGCAAGCAUGCUGAAUCUGAGUGCAAGAGCAAAGAAGAAGUUAUGGCUGUUCGUCUGAGAGAAGCUGAUAGCAUGGCUGCUGUUGCAGAGAUGCGGCAGAGGGUUGCUGAACUGGAAAUUCAGAGAGAAGAAGGAAUGAUCCAAGGUGAACUCAACAAUUCUGAUGCCUCGCAAUACAUCCGUGAACUCAAGGAGCAGAUUGAUGAACUCAAGGCAGAGAUUCGGCUAAUGAAAGGACAGAAGCCUUUUGAGGACUCUAUGGGUUUUGAUGGUAUACAUAUUGUGAGUCAUCUGGCAGUGGACGAUGACUCACUACAUUCUUCAGAUGAGGAAUUGCUGACCAGCCCUAUGGUAGUGGGUGCCCUGCAGGAUGUUUUGUAUCCACUGUCUCCUCACAACACACACUUUCUGCAUGGGGCUGAAAGCUCUGGUAAGGAGAGUGAUGGCACCACAGAUAGCGACCCAGAUGACCCUACCUCUGCCACUGAGGCCAACGGUGAGAUCAUCUUUGCAGAGGCCCUGGGCAAAUGAGGAGUGAUGCUGCCGUCCCAGCUCAGUCAGUUGAGCCACUGGCCAUGUUGUACUGAGACGUCAGGGAUCAGAUGUAACUGAGUCUUCGGCCCAUUGAGUGUCCUGGCUCAGAUGCAGCAUGGAGUGCCCCACAUGAACAGUACGGAUUGUUAUCAGCACUGCCUUUUUUUCAGCUUUGCCACUGGGAGUUAAAAUCCAAAUCCAGGUAUUGGCCUCAUCCACGUCCUGCUUUCCACACUUUUUUUUUUCCUUCUCUACACAAAGAUUUGCACAGAUGAGGACUGUGAAGGGGCAGCAGAAGCAAUCAAUCCACUGAUCACUAAAAUGCAGCCCAGCUGUGUUCCGUCUCUGUCUCCUUGCUGUGCUUGGAGAAGGGAAAGGGGUUGGUCUUCCCUUUAUUUAUAUUUGUCUCCUAGCAUGCUGCUCUGCAUCCAGAGGAGAAAACGGAGUGCCUGCAUACUUGUUUGUAAUUUUCCACCCUGGAAAAGGACAGGAAGGAGAAAUGAGCUUCUGAAGAGGUUAUUUGUUCUGGUGAGGGAGAUAAUAUUUUUGUUGCUGUUUAUUAUUUAUUUUUAGAGUGCAAUUAGUAGUCCAGAUCUUUGAAAAGUUCAAUGGUUUUGAGGGCUUUUAUAUGGAGGAGCCAAAAUUGUUUCUGUACGUGAUCAUACAACAUUUUCUAUUUAAUUAAAAGGGAUAUGCUUUACUAACUCCACUUUUAUAUCAUAUUUUCAAACUCUGAUUUUUGCAGCAUUAUGGCUCAGUGCCUAAUUGGCUCGGAUAGGAAGACAGUCCAUCAGU